CUCGGUCCAAUCACCGAGGGUGCCUCCACACACCUGCACAUUUCUGUUCACCGCUGCGCUUCCAUAACAAACCUUAUCACCUUGUAGGCGCUGUAUACUGCCCCGCCUCACGCAAGACUGGCGGGUGCUGCCCCGCUUGUCAAGUCUCCAGGUUGACUCUACCAGACCAUGAACCAAUCGCACAGAGAGGCAUUGGACUUCAUGCAGGGGUAUCUGCAUCUCGUCAAUGCAGGCCUCUCCAUCGAGCAUGGCGUAGCGGCUGCUGCCGCCUUUGGGGUGCUCGCACAUCAAUACUUCAAACGAUACGAGCCUACUGACUUGGUAUCGCUCACUGUGCUGCUGGGUGCAGUCCCUGCCAUACCUGCGUCUCUGCUUGCGCGAACUGGUGAUUCGACGUUCACCGCAAUCCUAACCGCGUAUUCUGUUUAUAUCGUCUCCUUGCUACUGUCCAUUGCGAUCUACCGCACGACGCCACUCCAUCCUCUGUCUAAGUACCCCGGGCCGUUCCUAUGCAAGCUCUCCAAAUUUUGGCUGGUCUAUCUGACGACUCGAGGCAAACUGUAUCUGUACUUCAAAGAGGCGCACGACAAAUAUGGGCCCAUCGUUAGGAUUGGCCCCAACGAAUUAUCAAUUGUGGACGAGACCCUUCUUCCGUCAAUCAUGGGCCCAGAUAGCAUGCCCAAAGGCCCGCUAUGGGAAGGCCGUCGCAUCCAAGGGAAGCGCGGCGGUGGAAAGACCCGGGGCACCCUAAUCGGCUCGCGCAACAAGAAGGAUCACGCGGAGGCACGUCGUGUCUGGAACCGUGCGUUCACCACCCCUGCGGUGAAGAAAUACGAGCCCAUCGUGAUCCGGCGGGCGGCGCAGCUUGUCGAGGAGCUCAGGAAACGAUGCAGAGCUGCAGAGCGCGACGGCAAGGGGCUAGCGGAGGCCAAUCUCUCGGAAUGGCUGAGUUACUUUUCAUUCGACUUUAUGGGUGACUUUGUCUUUGGUUCGUCAUUCGAGUUGAUGUCCGACGGCGACAAAGACGGCUUCUUGCGCACCAUGGCCUCCGGGUUAUAUUUACCAGCUCUCACACAGCAUGUCCCAUGGUGUAUGGACGCCCUUAUAUACACACCGUUUGUUGGUAAGGAGAUGAAGCAACUUGGCGAGUUUGCAUUCCGGCAGGUCUCCAAGCGUAUCAAGGAGGGCUCAAUCCAGGAUGACCUCUUCUAUCACCUCAACGACGAGGGCCGUGAGAGCCCAGAGCCCCCCUCGAUGCCGCUGCUGAUGUCCAAUGCGGUGACGGCCAUUAUCGCGGGCUCGGACACCACGGCGUCGGUCAUGAGCAACAUUUUCUUCUUCAUUCUGCACCACCGUGCCGUCUACAACCGACUCCAGGCCGAAGUCGACGCCGCAUUCCCGCCUGGAGAGGGCGAGCCCACAGAUGCAGCUAAGCUGGCCCAGCUGGAGUACAUGAACGCAGUCAUCAAUGAGACUCUCCGGCUCCGUCCUCCCGCGUCUACCUCUCUUCAGCGUGCUCCAACUCCUGGAAGCGGAGGACACGUUAUUGGCAAGGACAUGUUCAUACCUGAGGGCACUGCUGUCUACUCUCCGUUGUACGUGUACCAUCGCGACCCGCGGUACUUCUCACCAGAUACGGAUGCGUUCCGCCCCGAGCGGUGGCUUGCGGGAGAAGCGGAGCCUGACGCUGUGCUCAACAUGUCGGCGUUCAUCCCGUUCUCCAUCGGGCAGGCGAACUGCGUUGGCAAGCCGAUCGCGGUGCUCGAGAUGCGCCUUGUACUCGCGUACAUGAUACAGGCAUUUGAAAUGCGCCUAGUGGACUCGUACCGACCGGAGCAGUGGGAGGAGGAGCUGCGGGACUUCUUUGUGCUACAGAAGGGCCCGCUCCCGGUCUCCUUGAAGGCGCGUUUCUGACCGUCAUCACUCUUUCAUUACAGCGAUUUCUCCUUGUACUUUGUUUAUGAUUCAUCUUCGUCGGCCUUGGAUGCCUGGUUGCAGCUGCUCGCAGAAGAUGCAGUAAGACAAUUGGAGUCUACAUCCGUAGACGCCCGUCAUAUAUUAGCGCCGGAUUAAAAUUUCACUCCUGACCCAGCG